AUGGCUGAAAGCCCGGUUCAUGGAAUUUCAGACCAACUCAAAAGACUCACGGCGCAAUCACCGGCCGCUCGGAAUGCAUCCCAUGUAUCAGCUGCGAGGGUUGACGCUACCGAGCCUAUCAUUCAGGGCUCUGUCCUCAAUGCACCAGAAGGGACUGACUCACAAGUUCCGACUUCAACUGAGUCUGACCUGACCGAUAUCGACGAGUCACUUCUGCAAGAUCCAUCAGAUCCUGCUCCUAUGCCGCCGACCGAAACCCAUUUCAUUAACCCAACGGCUCCGCGUGUGAGCUACCAAGUCUCUGCGUCUGGCGAGGUCAUGCUUAUCGAAGAAACUCAAACUCCCAAACCAAUCGCUCCUGCCCCAGCGGCCCGGCCGAGCCCUCCUCCUGCAUACUUAUCUUUUGAUCGGCUUGCUCAAGGGUUGCCGCCAAAGCUGGCAUCCUCGCCUACCACCUCAACGGUUCAACCUCCGUCCCUGGCAGUGGAGCGCAUCAUCGGCCCAAAGCAGCCAAUCCCCGCACGGAUCCUUGAACUUCUCGAGGAAUGGCAUGAAGAUUCCCCGUACAUGGAACAUCCUUCUGCUUUGUCUGGCCGUGGUCCCUCUACUUGGAAGCACUUCAAAGCUUUCAGUGAUGAUGGCGACGAGUGCGAGCUAUCAAUCUUUCAGAUCUCAGUCAAGGGCCAAACUCGACGAAGUGUGACCUAUCGUAUUAUGAUACUCCACUCUCAGAAUGGACCCGAGGAACUUGUCGUCUACGGCCAACCCCGGCCGAAGUUCAGAGGACCCUUGACCAAGGGUACGAGGGGGCUGUACCUACUGGACUGGCUGGAAAUCGAGCGAAAGGGCGAGGUCCAAGCUUGCGGAUUGAAGCUGUGGAGAACAGACGAACAGAAGAUUACAUUCAGUGCACACAUGUUCGAUCAUGGACCUAAGUGCACUCGGCUGGCCGGGCCGAAUGAUACUUUCAACAUGCGUGCCUCAUCUUCCACGCCCAAGAAACAGUCCGGCGCAAACGAGGACAUUGAGGAUGCUGGAUCCAACUCAUCUGAGCCGCCUUAUUCCCCGUCGAGGUCUAGGCGCCAAGUUUCGACCAGCAGCCCUUCCAAACUGGAAAACGAAGAAGACAGAACCCCUGUUGCCUCACGCCCGUCGCCAGCCAAAACCGUUUCACCUGAGUUCCGCCCUCUUGCCAGUCCCUGGAAGCCUCAGAAGAGGCGCCGUGGCACAUGGAGCUCCAAUGAUGAGACCUCCUCUGUUCUUCGCUACAAGCUGAUGUCAGAUGCGUCGGACCAAGUCCGUGUCUUCAAGACAAAUGACGCAAAGGUGUUGUUUGCAAAGGCCCAGCAGUUCUACAAGGGCAUGGGGAAGCGCACAGGACUUUUGUGCACUGUUUCCGGUGUCGAGGGCGUCCGAUACGUGGGGGAGGGGUGCUUUGACGAAUUCGAUAUCCUUCAGGAGGAUAUUCGGAAGUCUUCUGGUCCUGGUGAUGAGGACCGCGUUGUGGAGGUGAAGCCGGCAAUGGGCUUCUGA